CGCGGACGCACCAUCGUCAGUCGCGGCGGGCAUCAUACCAAAAUGAGGACGCUGACUAUUACGAUAUGGGUGGUGUUGGCAUGCGCCACAUCACUAGCCGUGCCUAUCCAGGAGACGGCCAAGGACACUGAGUUAUCUCGUGAUAAACGCUCCCCUGGAGGUUGGCACUCUCCACCACCGGAGGGAGUGUGGAAGAAGAAACUCGUAUGGAAGGAAGACUGGAAACAAAUCUGGAAAACAGAAAAGAAACUGGUCUGGAAAACUGAAUGGAAAAAAGAAAAAGUACCAGCAUGGAAAACAGAAAAAGUACAACAAUGGAAAGAAGAGCAAGUGCCUGCGUGGAAAGUAGUCCAGAAACCAAUCUGGAAGGAAGUGCAGGUACCCAUCUGGAAGGAAGUUCAGGUUCCAGACUGGAAAAAAGUAUGGAAACCAGUUUGGAAAGAAAUCCAAGUCCCUCACACUAAGGAAGUACAGGUACCUGAAUGGAAACAAAUCCACGUCCCUGAAUGGGUGAAAGAAGGCGUACCCGGAGAGAAGUACCUCGGCAAGGAUGACCACGGUUGGGAAUACACUAGCCACGACCUCUGGAGAAAGAAGAUGAUCUGGAAGCCCGUAUGGAAGAAGGUCUGGAAGACAGAGCACAAACAAGUGUGGGUAACUGAGAAGAAGCUAGAAUGGAAAGAAGAGUGGAAGCAGAUCUGGAGAACUGAGAAGAAACAAGCGUGGGUCACCGAGAAGAAACAAGAGUGGGUAGAAGAGAAAGUACAAAUCUGGAAGACAGUCAAGAAAGAGGUCUGGGUACCAGUACAGAAGAAAAUAUGGGUAGAGAAAUGGAAGCAGGUUCAGGUACCUGUAUGGAAGUCCAUUGAAGUGCCAGCGUGGAAGAAGGUAUGGAAACCAGUGUGGCAGAAGGUGUGGGUACCAAUCCACCACGAAGAGCAUCACGAAGAACACCACGGAUGGGACUAAGAUUAGGUAAAAAUCUUCCUUGUACAUAUUUUUUAGUCAUUUGUUAACUAUUUGUUACCGUCAAGUACCAAUUUUUGUAAAUAUUUUUAUUUGUGUAAGUGCGGGGCGUACGCGAAGGUGAAUGCUUUCCGGCGAGUGUCAGAAAUAUUUUCUUUUCCAAAAUUGCGACUGCGAAAUGUGUUUAGCUUUGCGUGCGCCUUAGGAAGUGAGUUUUACGUAAUAGUUUCAUACAUUUUAACGCAGUUCACUUCCUCCUCUUGAGUCUAUUGUUUGUGGCCGACAAUGGGCCUGAUCCCAUGGCCGAUUCACUCAUGUAUACAUCUAAGUUUAACACUCUCGAAACAAUAUCAACUGCGUUCAUAUAGUAUACAACUUCCAUACAGAUUUGUUUACCGUUUGUAUUACUUCAGAAAGUGGUAAAAGAGGC